AUCCCGCCUCCCAUGGUGCCCCGCGCCGGCUGAAUGGGGCAGAGCCAAGAUGGCGGCGAGCGCGGCCCCGGCGGGCGGCGGGUCCCUGUUCGAGUGCCCGAGCUGGGCAGGGAAGCCACCACCUGGCUUACACCUGGACGUAGUCAAAGGAGACAAACUCAUUGAGAAACUCAUCAUUGAUGAGAAGAAAUACUAUCUCUUUGGGAGAAAUCCUGAUCUGUGUGAUUUUACCAUUGACCACCAGUCUUGCUCUCGGGUCCAUGCUGCCUUGGUCUAUCACAAACAUCUCAAGAGGGUUUUCCUCAUAGAUCUGAACAGCACACAUGGCACGUUCUUGGGUCACAUCCGUUUGGAAGCUCACAAACCCCAGCAGAUCCCCAUUGACUCCACGGUUUCCUUUGGAGCCUCCACCCGUGCGUACACUCUGCGAGAGAAGCCGCAGACGCUGCCCUCGGCCGUGAAAGGGGACGAGAAGAUGGGUGGUGAGGAUGAGGAGCUGAAGGGUUUGCUGGGGCUGCCAGAGGAGGAGACAGAACUGGACAAUCUGACAGAGUUUAAUACAGCCCACAACAAAAGGAUUUCCACACUGACCAUUGAGGAAGGGAACUUGGACAUCCAGAGGCCAAAGCGAAAACGGAAGAACUCCAGAGUGACGUUCAGUGAUGAUGAUGAGAUCAUCAAUCCAGAGGACGUGGACCCAUCUGUGGGGCGGUUCCGGAACAUGGUACAGACAGCAGUGGUCCCUGUUAAGAAGAAGCGCCUGGAGAACGCGGGCUCGCUGACCACGGACGAGUCGGCGUCGCGGCGCAUGCAGAGCUUCCCCUACAGCGGAGGAUUGUACGGGGGGCUGCCCCCCACCCACAACGAGGCGGGGUCGCAGUCCCACAGCGUCCACGGCACCGCGCUCAUCGGGGGGCUGCCCAUGCCCUACCCCAACCUCGCCCCCGACGUGGACUUGACUCCAGUUGUGCCCUCCACAGUGAACAUGAACCCGGCUCCAAACCCCGCUGUCUUCAACCCUGAAGCUGUGAAUGAACCCAAGAAGAAGAAAUAUGCCAAGGAGGCCUGGCCGGGCAAGAAGCCGACCCCGUCCCUGCUGAUCUGAGCCGGGCUGAGGGAGGGUAGGAGUUACCAACUCCAGAAACUUUUCAUGUGCGGUAUCGUCUUUUUAAAAUUUCGGUGUCCUAACAGAUGUAAUACCAAGAAUGGAGGAGUGAAAUAUCCUUUAAAGAUCUGUCUUCAAAUGUUUUUAUAUGUCUGUUAAAAAAAAAAUACAGUUCCCAUGUCCUUUUGAACCAAAACCCCUACAGCCUUUUCUUAGCCACCACUGUCCCGGAGGUCUUUAUGCUGAGUUUGGAUCCGUAAGUGGAGGGGCAGUGACACAAUUUAAUUAUCACUUAUGGCAUGACCCUGCAGGUCCGUGUAUUUCAGUGUUGAGCUCUUUGUGGUGGCACUGUUCCUGUUGGACAUGCUCACAGCAGGCAGCUCUGUCAAGAGGAAAUGUUUGUGGGGCCAAGUCUUGCAGAAUCCCAUUGGAAGGAGUUGUAAAACUUGCAGAAUAUAGGUCAGCUUUUAUUUUUUAUAUUUUCAAAACUCCACUAAUGUAGGACAUUCUCUUUUUUUUAUUAUUAUUUUUAGUUUGGCUACAGCUUCUUUUAAUUUCCUCAUAAAACACUAGAUCAUCCCACGAGUCAUGAGUUGAGAUGGAUGAGCAACAGGUGGGUUCCUUAGCUUUGUUCCAGUGCUGCAGAAUGGGGUUUGUGGGAUGGAUACAGGCUGCAAACCGUUGGAGCAUCCGAGGAUCAGGCACUGUGUGGUGACUCCCCUGGAUAACUCAGGGUGUAACACAGUGGAGUUUCUUUUAGACUUGGUGGCCCAUAUAACUUAAAUAGUUUCAUUUUUAUUCGCAAAUGGAACUUUAAAGUUUAGAUUGUAUGAGAUUCAACAAGACAGAGAGCUGGAAGGACUGGCAUGUUCCACACACACAAAUAUUUUGGCUGCUGGGAACUGCAGGUGAGAAUUGAGUGCUGCAGAGCGCCAGAAUAGAAAUUCUCAGUGGACUUGGGUUGUUGCUCAAGCCCUUUAAUUCCUUAGGUCUAAAUUUGAAAGUGAUUCACAUACUCAGACAUAUUGUGGCUGUACUUUACACAAGAUAAGGCCAGAGCUCUAUUAUUGUGUUUACUCUGGAUUUUUGUACACACUCUAAAGCAGUUCAGCCACAAGUCACAUUCCUUUAGUGUUUGGGGGAUCCAGGAAAUGUGCACCAAAAUGAGAGCAUGUACCUGGCUGUUCACUGUGUGCAGGACUGCAGCUACUUGGGGAACUACUGCCAGGUUGCUGGAUCAGGGCUGUGUUCCAGUGAGCUGGGAUGGUGCAGGUUCAGGGCUGUGUUCCAGUGAACUGGGAUGGUGCAGGAUCAGGGCUGUGUUCCAGUGAACUGGGAUGGUGCAGGAUCAGGGCUGUGCUCCAGUGAGCUGGGAUGGUGCAGGUUCAGGGCUGUGCUCCACUGAGCUGGGAUGGUGCAGGAUCAGGGCUGUGCUCCAGUGAGCUGGGAUGGUGCAGGAUCAGGGCUGUGCUCCAGUGAGCUGGGAUGGUGCAGGAUCAGGACUGUGUUCCAGUGAGCUGUGAUGAUGGAUGGUGCAGGAUCAGGGCUGUGUUCCAGUGAGCUGGGAUGGUGCAGGAUCAGGGCUGUGUUCCACUGAGCUGGGAUGGUGCAGGAUCAGGGCUGUGUUCCAGUGAGCUGGGAUGUUGGAUGGUGCAGGAUCAGGGCUGUGUUCCACUGAGCUGGGAUUCUGGAUGCACCUGACCCAUUUUCAGACAGAUGCCCCAAAAUCUCUGUGAGUUCUGUUCUGCAGUGAUUGCUUCUAUCAUGUCCCUGAGGUGCCAGCAGGCAGCCUGUUCUCUUCCCUCCCCACACCAUCACAUCCAGCUCAGACUAUUCCAUGUGUGGAUUUAGCACCUGCUCCAUGAUCCAGCUGCACUGCUCUGUGUUUAAGUUGCCAUUGAUGAUUCAGCCAUUGGGCAUUUGUUCUGCUUCCCAGUGCUCCCACAAUGACUCAAAAUCUUCCUCUCUUUAGUCUGGCCUAUAGGAUUUUCAUUUCCCAGCCUGUUGCUUUCUGAAGGCAACUCUUUAGGGUAAGACUAGUCAGGACAAACAAAAGUUGAGCAGGUUUCCUUAUUUUCCUUUCUGUUUUGGGGGUUUUUUUUGUUUUAUUUUGGGGGGAAGAGGGUUGGGUUUGGGGUUUUUGGGGAUUUUUUUUUUUUGCAAGUGGCUCUUUGCAAGAUUUUUCUUGACAAGGGAAACUUCACUGCUCGUUGUUUUUUAAAGCUCUUCUCCUCCCAGACUCUGAACCAGCUCUUAUUAUUUCAGAGCUUAGGGGCCACAGCUGGCCAGGAGGGGACAGGAACAUCAAGGGGCUUUGUACAGACAUUUGUACACUUGUGUAAUAUGUAAUAGGCCUUUUCACACUUCUGUUGAGCUUUUUACCUGUAACCUUUACUAUGUUGUAAAUUAAAUGCAGUUUUUGCCAGGUU